CGGGAGCAGAGCUGAAUUAUGCUCCGGUCAGGCCAGCUCAAGCACUGAAAACGUUUGUCUCACGGUGGGACCCCAGAACAUGGACCCCCUGAUGGAGUUUCCUUUUGUGGAGGAUGAGGGGCUCACCAUGAAGAGGACAGGUAUCUAUCGGUAUCUUUUGUACACCCUGGGUCUCCCUCUCUGUCUCCCUCCUAAAGGGCCUCUCCAAGACUCUGACUCAGACGUGUACACCAAGUUCUUCAUGAGUCACUGCUGCUACGAUGCCAUUCCAACAAGCUCCAAACUGGUCAUCUUUGACACAACACUGCAGGUGAAGAAAGCAUUCUUUGCACUGGUUGCAAACGGGGUCAGAGCGGCACCUUUAUGGGAUAACAAGCUGCAGUGUUUUGUAGGGAUGCUCACCAUUACAGACUUUAUCAACAUUCUCCAUCGUUACUACAAAUCUCCCUUGGUUCAGAUCUAUGAGCUUGAGGAACACAAGAUUGAAACAUGGAGAGAGGUCUAUCUACAGUAUUCUCUGAAGUCCCUGAUCAGCAUCACACCUGACUCCAGCCUCUUCGAUGCCAUUUAUUCUUUACUGAAGAACAAGAUUCAUCGGCUACCCGUCAUAGAUCCAGAAUCAGGGAACGUCCUCCACAUACUCACCCAUAAACGUAUCCUCAAGUUCCUACACAUCUUUGGCUCUAUGAUCCCCAAGCCUCGAUUCUUACAGAAACGGAUUGAGGAAGUGGAAAUCGGAACAUUCAAGAGCAUCGCGACUAUCAGGGUGACGGAAACAGUUUAUGACGCUUUAUCUGUGUUUGUAGAGCGACGAGUCUCUGCCCUGCCCGUCAUCAGCGAGCAAGGGAAAGUGGUGGCACUUUACUCCAGAUUUGAUGUCAUUAAUUUGGCUGCACAGAAAAACUACAACAACCUGAACAUGACGAUGCAGGAGGCCAUUCAGGGCCGCUGGUGCUGCAUUGAGGGGGUGCUGAAGUGUUACCCUCACGAAACCCUCGAAACCAUCAUCGAUCGCAUCGCUGAGGCAGAGGUUCACCGUCUAGUGCUGGUGGACACAGAGGAUGUGGUGAGGGGAAUCGUCUCGCUCUCUGAUUUGCUUCAGGCACUGGUUUUGACUCCUGCAGGCGUUGAAGCACUUUUCUCUUAACGCCAGUGAAGGGCUUCCUCAUCAUCCUCAUUUCCUAUCCUCUCAUACCAGAACUUUGUCACAAAGCAAACUAUGAGCCUUGAAGAUGAAUGCUUGAAGACAGAAAGUGUAAAUAUUUUUAAUGUUGCGGGCACUUUGGGAUUUGAUAUUUCACUUUUAAACAUGUCUAAUCUUAUUUUGCAAAUUUACUUUUAUAUUUGUAUAAUUUAUUAAAGAAUUAUAAUCAUUUGAAUUAUGCUAGAUACAACUACAGACAUUUGUCAUGUAAUAAUGAUGACCUUUUAUAACAUUUCUGUUAUAAAACUUCUUGACCCCUGAUCCUCACAUUGUAAAUAAACAGAUUAUCAUGUUAUUUAGUCAUAAAA